AUGUCUCAGCGCAACAGUAGCGGCAGCCAGGGUCAUAUUGACGCCAUCAAGGGCGCCCGAGUUCUUAUCAUUGGAGGAUCGGCUGGCAUAGGCAAAGGCGUCGCGUCUGCAGCAUUGGGCGCCGGAGCAAAGGUGUUUGUUUCUUCUUCGAAUCCAUCCAGAAUAUCCGCCACCGUGGCCGAGUUCCAAUCAACGUACCCGAGCGCCAGCAUAUCUGGCAUAGCGGCCGACCUGGCCCAAGUGGACACAAUUGAGGCCAACCUGGAAAAGGUGCUCAAGACCGCCGUCGCAGAACUGGGCGGACCCCUUGACCACAUCGCUUACACGGCGGGAGACGCGUUCGACUUCGAGCCCCUCUCGGCCGUGACGGCUGCGAACGCCUAUGCCUCCUGGACGGUGCGCUACCUCGGCCCACUGCUAGUGGGAAAGCUGGUGACAGUUGACCCGGGCAUGUAUCUCAAAGCGGCUUCCAGCUCAUCCAUGACCCUGACAUCUGGCAUACACGGUAGCAAGCCAUUUCCCGGGCUGUCCAAGAGCAUCGGAUGGUGCGGUGCCGUUGAGACACUCACCAGGGCACUUGCAGUAGACCUUGCUCCAAUUCGGGUCAACAACGUUUCUCCUGGUGCCAUUCGGACUCCCAUGCUGGAGAAUCUCCCCGAGGAAGCUAUAGCCGGCUUUGUCCAGAAUCAACUUGUUAGGGAAGUGGGCACUGUACAGCAAACAGCCGAAGCGUAUCUUUUCAGCAUGCGAUGCUCUUUCGCGACUGGCCAACAAUUCGUCAUUGACGGUGGUUACACUUACAAAUGA